CACUCAGACCUUGCCCUGCUGGGCUGUAACAACAACUCUGACUCUGAAGCCUCUGGACACAGCAGUGACUGCUCCAGGGACCCCACACUCCGCAGGCAGGAAAGCGCUGUCACCAGGGGACCAGAGGAUGGGGAGGGGCUGCAGCUGUGUCCAGCUCUGGCCCCUCAGUUUGGGAAGGACAUCGAGACACUCGAGUGCAUCCAGAGGAGGCAACGAGGCUGGAGAGGGGCUUGGAACACAAACCCUGUGAAGAACAACUGAGGGAGCUGGGGGUGCUGAGCCUGGAGAAAAGGAGGCUCAGGGGUGACCUCAUCACUCUCUACAGCUCCCUGAAAGGUGGUUGUAGUCAGAAUUCUGUGAUUUGCAGCCAGAAUUUACCCACAGCCAUCCUCCCAGCUGUGCCUGGAAGGGUUUGGGGUGCUGGCACAGCCACCCUCACGUGCAGCCCUGAGGGUGGCAAUGGUGUGAGGAUCCAGCCUUGCACUCAUCACACCUGGCACUGCCCCCUGGAAAACGCCUGCUGCUUCCCACCUUUCUUAUCCGUGCCCACCUCUUGCCUCCAGCCCAUGCCAGUGGCUGGGAAGGAUUGUGAGCUGCUCAGAGCAGGGUUGGGUCACUGGGAGUGGAGGGUUCACAGUGUCCCUCUGUGGUGGGUGCUCCAGCAUCUCCCUGGCUGCUCAGCCUGUGGCUGGUGGGACGCAGAGGAGGAUCCGGAGGCUGUGCCACCCUGUCCUGGGGCAGGACACACCUGGAGGUCCUUGUGCCAGCUUGUCCAGCAGCCCCAGCUCUGCCCUCGGAGCCCUCACCCCUCGCAGGAGCCGGAGCCAUGCGUGUUGCCAUCAUCGGCGCCGGGGUGAUCGGGCUCUCCAGCGCCCUGUGCAUCCAUGAGCAGUUCCACAGCCUGGAGCCUUCCCUGGAGCUCCAGGUCUACGCUGACCACUUCACCCCCCACACCACCAGCGACGGGGCGGCCGGGCUGUGGCAGCCCUACCUGAGUGACCACGGCAACCUGCAGGAGACGCUCUGGAAUAAAGAGACCUUCGAUUACCUCCUCGGGCACCUGCACUCCCCAGCAGCCAAGGAAAUGGGGCUUUUCCUCAUUUCUGGCUACAACCUGUUCACGGAGCCGGUGCCGGACCCGUCCUGGAAGAACAUUGUCCUGGGCUUCAGGAACUUGACACCAAAAGAACUCGAACUCUUCCCUGGUUACAGCUAUGGCUGGUUCAACACGGCGCUGAUGCUGGAGGGCAGGAGUUACCUGCCCUGGCUGACCAACAGGCUGAUGCAGAGGGGAGUGAAGUUUUUCCAUAAGAAGGUUGAAUCUUUCCAGGAGCUGUUUUCCCAGGGUGUGGAUGUGGUCCUAAACUGCAGUGGGAUGCGCUCAGGGGACCUGCAGCCCGACCCAGAGCUGCAGCCCGGUCGGGGCCAGAUCAUCAAGGUCCUGGCCCCGUGGGUGAAGCAUUUCAUCAUCACUCACAACUUGAAAUCCGGGAUCUACAACUCGCCCUACGUCAUCCCGGGGAGCGAGUUCACAGUCCUGGGAGGGAUUUACCAGCAUGGAAACUGGAGCGAGGAGAACAGUGCCAAGGAUCACAAAUCCAUCUGGGACAGCUGCUGCCAGCUGCUCCCAGCUCUCCAGAAGGCAAAGAUCGUCGGAGAGUGGUGCGGCCUGAGACCAGCACGGCCCUCGGUCCGCCUGGAGCGGGAGAGCAUCCGCCUCGGGAACCUCCAGGCAGAGGUGAUUCACAACUACGGCCACGGCGGCUUUGGGAUCACCAUCCACUGGGGCUGUGCCAUGGCAGCAGCUCGGCUCUUUGGGAGCAUCCUGCAGGAGAAGAAGCAGCUGGCCACCCCCCCAGGGCCCCGCUUGUGAGCAC